AUGCAGUCCAUGUUCCGCCUCCCAUGGAGUACGGAGUCGCCCGGCGACAGAAUCAUGGAAAAGGCUACGCUGCACAAGUCAAGACAGAUGCCGGUCGUUGAAAUCCCAACUUUCAAUAUGAACCAAAUCAAGCGCAAGGCGACUGACAGUCCCGAGCCGGCAUCAACGCAGCAUGCGCACGCUGUGAAGAAGUGGAAGAGUGCGCAAGGCGAAAUGAAGCCUGUGGUGGCAAACCAAGGGAACGCUGUGGCAACAGGACCCUCGGAACCAGAAGUUGCGCAGAGUGUGCCUCAGGCUGCUUCUGCGGAUAUUCUAGAUUCGCGACCGAAGGCGCAGCUUCCGAGGAAGGACAGUGUGCUGAAGGCCAAGACAUCGAAAUCGCAGAAAGUGAACGUAAAAUCUGAACCCGUCAACACUCCUGAGACUUCCACAACAUCAAGCUUGACCGCUGUUCAACAAGCGAUCGAGGCGCAAAUCAGCUACGAGAUUCUUUUGAAGCAUAACGAGCUUCGUCUGAUUGAGCAAGAGUUGGCCAAAUGUCAGAUUUCAAUGGAGCAGCUCAGGCGUUGUUCGAUGAUUCCGUUCCCAGGUACUGAGGGUCUCUCUAACGAUCUCAGCCGGGGUGUUGGGGCUGCUCUGCAACCGCCUGCCGGCUACACAGAGCCUCAGUUUGCUGCACCCUGGGGAGUCACCGAUGGUCCAUACACUCGUCACUACGCCAAGUGGUUGAUCUCGGAUAUGCAAUUUGACCCUGUGUCUGAACGUCUGCUCGCUCAGCAACAGAGUUACUUUGGGAUUGGUGAGGGCAGGACGACGCGCGGCAGUUUUGGUGACUACAGUCAUGGAAACAAGGGCCGCACGUCACGAACUUCGACUGGAAUGUUGAAGCUCCCGCCGCUCGGUGAAAAUCCAGCACCAGCUCCAAAGAUCGACCCUCUGCUACACAAGCGAUCCACCGACGGUCAGUGGGUACGACUCUACUGCGCUCAGUGCGGUCACAGCAACUUCUCCAACACGCAAGGUUUCCUCAACCACUGCCGUAUCAAGCAUAGCCUGGUGUUUAAGAGCCACGAUGCGGCAGCCAUUGCCUGCGGUGUUCCGGUGGACAUCAACGAGGCUGGGCAACCGGUCACGGCGACUGAGCCAGUCAGCACUCCGGCUUCCGCACCUGCGGUGUCGUUCUCUAUGCCUGCUACACCUGGCAUCGUUAACCCUCUUGCAGCGCAACCCAGCCUGACUGCGCAAGCCAAGGACGUCCACCGCGACUUCAAUGCCGCGCCACGGGAGGAGUCGAAGCCUAUCUCAGCCAACUUCACCGGCUCACUGACAACGCCGCAUCUGAGUGCUCUGGCUCAAAAGCGCGGUUUUGAGGGCAACCUUAAAGAACUUGUCACCACAUCUCGAUCCAAGGUUGACCUUGACGCGAUCGAGCACUCAGAUGACGACCUCGCGGACACCACUGCGGCUCCGACCCCAGUCAACGCCAACCCGCCUCAGCUAGCGCGUCUUCCCGUUAGCGCCCCCAACAAAGCGCCUGCAAGCAAAGCCCCCUUGGCACGACCAGGCAGUAGGAAGGGCAACCAAGCCAGUCACGCCCGACUUCCGUUUUCGUUGCCAUCGCCUGUCAAGUCAGAGUGUGAUGAGCACAUGCCAGACUCGCCGUUGGACCUCAGCCCUCAUACCGUUGACUCCAACCCGGGCCUAGUAAGUGACCACGACGACGAUGACGACGACGAGGACGAUGCACACAGCCAGCCUGACUUCAUGCUUCACGAUGAUGUCGUUGUCGAAGAUGCGAGCGAUGUCGAAGGCUCGCACGAGCGCGCAAGCUCUCGCCAUGGGCUGAACAGCUGUUGCGAGAAGGGAGAGAUGAGCCAUAAGCAUUAG